GACUCUUCAUAUCAAAAUUGUGUGUGCAAAACAGAGAUGAGUGCAAAUCAGAGGAGUACUGCUCCACCCUUUAAGGAGGAAUUUGCAACUGUACUAAGGAUGACUCAUUCCUUAAAUGAUGCUCAACCUGUACCUGCAACACCAGCAUCAUUUUGCAAUCCUACUAAUUGCAAUAUUGGUUGUGACGAUGUUGUUCAGAACCGAAAAAAUGAGAGUUAUUUUCAUAAGGAGACAGGCUUUCGGUGUCGGUCUUUGAAGGAGAUUAAGAAUUACGAGAAAUAUGGAAGUCCUCCUCGACGUCACAAAGUGAAAACACAAGCCAAAGAAGAAAGCAAUGACAAAACCAAAAAUGAAACAGAAGAAAUGGUUGUUGCUCAAAGAAAAGCAAAAGCAGAAGUUAUGAGAACUUUUGUUGAAAAGUUUCUUUCGAAAGCUUAUUACAAUCAGCUUCACAUGUUCGACCCAUAAUCAAUAAAAAUCAACUAUUAUAUAAUGUUCAAA